CUAAUAAAGCGAGGGAGAAAAAAUGGUGGGUCGACGGUAAUUACAAAAUCAUUGACGAAAAUAGACUCCCUCUGAUCCUUAUUGAAGGUGUAAGUUAUGAAGAGUUCGAAAAAAAAUGUGAGAUCGCGAACGCAGCAAGGUGCUGGGAGUUUCUAGACGGAAUUGUAGUCAUAAUCGAGUUGCCAAAUCGUGAUCAUGAAGUUGCACAUCGUACAUUCUCUAAUCAAUUUAAACGUCAGGAUCCUCAAGAUGCAGUUGAUUCUUCGGGAUCAACAAGGUAAUCCUUGGCCUACCAUUAUCAUUGAGGUGGCUAAUUCAGAAAGUCUUUCGAGAAUAAUGCAUAAGACUACUCAAUUCUGGUUGGCUCCGAACCGUGUAGAGGACGUGUUUGUACUAAAAUUAUGGAAAUGGACUUUAGGAAGAGAUCAAAACGGAACUCCUUUGCGCCGUUUCACAUGCUAUAAAUUCUGUCGUAGAAAUGGUGUAGUAAACGUACACGGAAAUUACCAACCAGUACAAAUUGUUGAAUUCGGAACCAUUGAUAGGCAUAAUCAACCGUAUAAUGGAUGUACCGCCCCAGGAAUGUGUAUUAUGAAUAUUUUUCCAGGUUGUAUUUUCCGUGGCUGUCCUCGAGUCCCACCAUACCCAAUCAACAAUGUGGUUAUUGAUUUCUUUCCUAUCCAGCAAGCAAUAUUUCGUGCUAUGUAGAUUAGCAAUAGAAUUUUUACAAAAAAAAUAGACAUAAAAAUUUGGGCUAAUGCACUUUAUAUAUAAUAUGUACAAAAUAAAAAAAAUGGCGGAAUAAAAUACUUUAUUAAUUCUAAUAAAAUUUGCAUAUCUCAACCUGUAUAAGCAUCUGAUUACUUUUGCCAAGAAAAUUUUUUAUUAAUACAUGCAAAAAUAAAUACA